AUGGUUGAUGCAAAUAUCGCUGCAUUUUUUUUAUUGAUUAAAAUAUUUUGUAGAAAAAAGUGUAUUGAAAGUAAUCGUAUUCUAUCACGUACGUCAAUAAUUAAUGAUCGUUAUGCUGCUAAUCGUCAAUUAGCAGUUGAAAUGAAUGAUAAAUUUCAAAAAUCACUUAAAUAUUUUCAAUUUAUUCAAGAUUGUGAUAAUCUUAAAGAAUGGCUUGAUAUGAAAACAUUACAAGCACAAGAUGCUACAUAUCGUGAUACAGCUAAUAUACAUACAAAAUAUCUUCAUCAUCAAAAAUUUCAAGCUGAAAUAAAUUCAAAUAAAGAACUUGAUAAAAAUUUAAUUGAUCAACAUAUUGAUGAAUUAGAUAAUUUAUGGAUUCAAUUAGAAGGAAUAAUACAUGAAAAAGGUGAACGUUUUUUUGAUGCUAAUCGUUCAAAAUUAUUUCAACAAUCAAUAACUAAUCUUGAAGAAUUUAUGUUAAAUAUUGAAAAACAUUUAUAUGCUGAAAAAUUAUUAAAAAGUCAACAACAAGUUGAUGAAUUACGUAUACAAACUGAAAAAUUAAAACAAUUAGAACCAGAAAAAUCUGAAGAGAUUGAUACAAAACGUUUACAAGUUGAAGAAAAAUUUGCUAAACUUUUAUUAUCAUUAGAACAAAAGAAAUUACAUUUAGAACAACAAAAACAUUUACAUCAAUAUAUACAUGAUAUUGUAGAUGAACAAACAUGGUUAAGUGAAAAACAUCAUUUAUUACAAACAUAUUCAGAUUUAAUAUUUAAUAAUAAACAACAAGCAUUAAUGAAUAUUAAAUUAUUAAAACGUAAAAAUGAAACAUUAUUAAAAGAAAUUGAAAAUCAUGAACAAUGUUUAUUAGAACAUUUAACUACUGAAUGUAUACGUAUCAGCAAAGAUUAUCCAUCACAAAAUCUUUAUCAAUAUUAUUAUGAUUUAAGUGAUGCUGAAGCAUGGUUAGGUGAACAAAAAUUGUAUAUGAUGAAUAAAGAACCUAGUAAAGAUGAAUUAAUAACACAAACAUUUAUACGUCAACAACAAACAUUUGAUCAAACAAUUGAAAAUUAUUAA